GCCCGGCCGAAACUUCUACAGUGCGCAGACCUCACUGCGGAUCUGAGAUUUGCUGACAAUGACGUCCUGCGACGAGAAGAAACCGCUGCCCCCGGCUGACUUCUCUCUGGGAGGCGCCUCGCUGCACGACAUCGCACGGAUCAAGGAACAGAUCCUCGAGGGAAACCAGAAGCGUCGGAAGAUCGUGAUCGGAGUGACCUGCGGUGUGCUGGCGGUGCUGAUCGUUCUCGGCAUCCUGCUAGGCGUUUUCCUGAACCACGACCCCGUGAAAUCGCGACAUCUGAAGUUCCGCGACGGGAACAAGCUGUACUGGGAGACCGUCGAGACCGACGAAGACGAGGGUACCGACACGUUCUACACCGAUAGCGCCAGCGGGGCGGCGGCGGUCAUGUUCGACCACAAUAAGGAACUGAAGGCUUACAAGUUUUCUGGACGAGACAUCUGCUACAUCGUGCCCGAGGAGGAAGGAGAGGACCAGGUUGUGAAAGAGGUGGCGACGGACAUGGAAAACAAAGAGGAGGGAUCUAUUCAAAAAGUACAAAAAGGCAGUACUGUCACUAUGUCCUUGGACGAGUCCCGUCCGGAGACCCCGGAGCUGGGUGAAGCGAUGGAGUUCUUCUGCGGCGACCUGGAGCCCCGCUGGGCCACUCUCAGCCAGGCCGAUGGCCAAGAGGAAACUGGCAUUGCGCUGAUUGCCCCAAGGAAGAUGGAUCCAGGACCAGAUGAAAAGAAGAGCCGUGUGAAGCGUUUUUGGGGACGUCGCCGACGUCGCCGUAGUGUGAAUGUGAACAUCAAUGUGAAUAUAAACAUUAGUGUCACUAUUUUCCUUUUCGCCAUUUUCGGCUAGUAAUAAAUAAUAUAAUUGCAACCGUUGAAAUAACAAUAGUGUCAACCCUUAAGUGUAUAUGUUUCGUUACAAAGAUUGAACUAUAUGAUAUAGUUCUUUGUGAUGGAUGUAACGUUAGGCACUACUCCGCUCGUCUGACCUGAUCUAUUUGUUUCGUAGCCUUUCUAAUAUCUAAACAUUCAAUGUAUGUAUCUAAUAAUAUUUGCACACAGUAAGGAUCGUCUACUGGAAAGAUCAAAUUUGUCGGCUUCAGUUACACACCGGCCAUGCUUAGUCAGAACUCACAUCAAUUAUGACCAUGCUUCAUGUUUAGGAUACUUGUCUAACAUAAACGUUAUCUCGAAUGUAUAGUCUUAAUUUGGGUUUGUAGCUAGCCUAAAUUACUCUAACAUAUAUAUUAUCGACCCACCGUUUGUUUGAAUAGUUUGAACUACUCAUAUCGAUGUUUUUUUAAUAUUUCAUUACCAUUAUUUAUAAUAGUACAUUUAAUCUAGUGGUGUUUGGUAGAGUGCAUGGGUGACCUAUAAAAUGUAAUUAUACCGUUUUCAUCAAGAUCUUCAUUAUGUUAAGUAUUUGGUUUGAUGUGAG